AUGGACCUUGUGGAAGACUUGCAUUGCUUGAUGAAGAGAUACGGGGAAGAUGUCAAAGUCUUUUUUGAAUCUGGAUUUGAGUUUAUCUUUCUUUUGAGGUUAUUAGUUCCGGAAUACUUGAGUGAUGCUUCCACGUCAUUGAGAUUAAGAUGGAGCAAAGAGAAUAUCAAAGUUUCUAUUGAGCCGGAGAAUGGUUUAGAUAAUAGCGAAGGAUUAAUACUUGAAGUAUUGAACGAGAAGGGUGCUUCUAAAAAGAGAUCCUUUGGUUCUAUAUUAAAGGCCAUAAAUGAAUUUUUUGACAUUGUUGAGAUACAUGAGGAUGAUGCUUCAUUGCAUAGCAUCAGCUCUGGAGAACAAGCUCUUCUGUCUUCUAAGUUGGAAGAAGAGUAUGUUGUGGGUGAUGAAUUAGGUAGUGGGGCUUUCGGGCAAGUGCUCAAAUGCUUUAACAAAUUGGACGGCGAGGAGUACGUAAUCAAAGUGGUUAGUUUCACUCCUGAGGAAGAAGGGGAUUCCUUAAGGAAGGAACUUGAGGCAAACCGGACAUUUGAAGAUACUGAAUGGGUGAAGAUUUUGAGAGAGUUAGCCAAUGGAUUAAAUUUCAUUCAUCAACAAGGUAUAAUUAACCGGGAUCUUUCCCCAGAUAACAUUUUUCUUGAUAGCAACGGUGUUGCUAAGAUUGGUGAUUUUGGAUGUGCAAUCAUGUUAGGUCCUGGAGAGGUAAACGUGGAGAACCCGAAAGGUGGAAAGGUCAUGUACAAGGCUCCAGAAUUGUCUGAAGGGUCAAAAUUAGAUAGUAAGUGUGAUGUGUUUUCACUCGGGGUGAUAAUGUUCGAGUUGGUUUACCCGAUGCAAGGAUUUGAUACACAAAAGAGGGUUGGGGUACUCAAAGAUCUCGGACGUGGUGUGCAACCGGCAGAUUAUGUUCACGGUACCUUCCAUGAUGUACUCAUGAUGUUGCUUACAGGUGAUCCGGACUUGCGUCCUUCAGCACUUGAUGUGAUCCGCACAAUAGAUUUAUUAAACCAGAAUGUUGAUUACUGAUUCAUAUAUUUGUGGAGCACGGUUCAAAAGUUGAUGGAGG